GGUGCGAAGGAGAAACAGAGAAAGAGAGAGAGAGAGAAACAAAACAGAAACAUAAGAUCAGUACUACUAUGCCUCUCUUACGUUGUUUUGGCACAUCCCCCAAAACUGGAGGCAUGUUUCCAUUUUUAUCUCUUGUUCUUCUUUCUCUCUUCCUCUCGUCUUCCUUCGCCAUAGCCGCCGCAGCCUUCAACCUCACCUCCAUCCCCUUCAACGCCGCCUACUCUCCCCUCUUCGGCGACUCCAACGUCGUCCGCUCCCCUGAUGGCCACGGUGUCCGCCUCCUCCUCGAUCGCUUCACAGGUUCGGGUUUCAUUUCCUCCGAUAUGUAUCAGUAUGGAUUCUUCAGCGCCAAUAUCAAAUUGCCUUCAGAUUAUACAGCAGGCAUUUGCGUUGCAUUUUAUACGUCAAACGGCGAUGUGUUCGAGAAGACGCACGACGAGUUGGACUUCGAAUUCUUAGGGAAUAUCGGAGGGAAGCCGUGGAGGUUUCAGACGAACUUGUACGGAAACGGCAGCACCCACCGAGGCCGAGAAGAACGGUAUCGUCUCUGGUUCGACCCGACCAAGCAAUUUCACCGAUACAGCAUCCUCUGGACUCCGACCAAUAUCAUAUUCUACAUCGAUGAAGUUCCAAUAAGAGAAGUGGUACGUAGUGAAGCAAUGGGACAAGAAUACCCUUCAAAGCCAAUGUCCUUAUACGCCACAAUAUGGGACGCAUCAAAUUGGGCUACCUCUGGUGGCAAAUACAAAGUUAACUACAAGUAUGCACCUUUUGUUGCUGAAUUCAAAGACCUAGCCCUUCACGGUUGUUCCGUCGACCCGAUCCAAGAGGUUUCAGACAUUGACGGCGUCUGCUCCGACCGACACGCCUAUCUCCUAGCCCAAGACUACGCCACCAUCACCCCCAUGAGCCGCUUCGCCAUGCGUCGGUUCCGCCAGCGUUACAUGUACUACUCUUAUUGUUAUGAUACAUUGAGGUACCCUGUGCCGUUGCCUGAAUGUGUCAUUGACCCGUCGGAGAAACAGAGGUUUAAGGAAACUGGUAGGUUGAAGUUUGGCGGCAGCCACCGUCGACAUUCUAGGCGGAGAAGCCGAAACGUAACACCGGUGGAUGAUAGUGAUGAGGCUGACUGAUAAUGAUUGAGCGGAUAUGUGUACAUAAUAAUGUGUGGCAUUUUUUUUAUAGGAAUAAUAAAAACAAUUUCAUUAAACAGGGUCAUUUUUUGAACAUUUGAAGCGUGAUCAUGUAAUUAAAUAGAUGUGGUGGAGAUGUGUUAAUAAUUUGGGUCAGAGAUUGACCUCGUUCAAUAAAUUUGGCCUUAUCGCGA